GAACGGUUCGCUCCUCGACGCCGCGUCCUUUACAAUUCUCUCCGUUCCUUCGUCUCGCGUUCUACUCGCGUACGUUCUCCAUUCUACCAACUUCUUCUUCCUCCACGGCUGUGUGUGGUCCCUGCCCUCUUUCCACCGGACGUGCUUCCCCGCUGGAACGCGAUAAAAACAGGUCGACCGUCGUUCGAUCGAGACGAUUCGGCGCGAUAGUUCCUUCCUUCGACAGAUCGGACGAAUAGUAUCGGAAGAAGAUCGAGAAUAAUCGCGGACGAUUGACUAGCGUUUCGAAAGGUAGAACGCGGAUGGCGGAAGGUCGCUAGCUGCGCUCGAGCCGGAGACUUCGACGACCGGUAGGAGGAUGUCGCGCGUCGCGGACCACCCUGACUGUCUGUGUCGUCACCGUGUGUACCGGUGACGACCAUCCUCGUGGCGAUCUUACCACGGAGAUCGCGACCCCCACGUGUGUGUUGUGUUUUUGCGCCACCUCCGGACCAUUACUUCGGUCGACGAAAAAACGGCUUCGAUUCGAUCUGUCAUUUUUCUUUUCGUCGAAGAAACAUCCUAUCGGUGGAACAGUGUUAUGAUCGUACGGGGAUCGGUUUUGAAAUCAGUGAGCUGUUUAGUACGAAGUGAUCGUCGAUCGGACGAUGAUUCGAGCAGUGACAACUAGUUCUUUCCCUUGAUAUCGGAUAACGGAAUGAACGUGUGAUAUCGUAAGCGGAAAAAGUCGGCGGGAAUAAACGCGGAAAGUUGUCGGCUAAGUGCGAUUACCAACGAUAGUAAAGUGCGUGUAUGCUACGGUUCGCCAGCCGUGGGAAGCUGUACGAAUCACGGAUUAAUGCAGGCCGGAAAUCACAGCAUGGAGGACAUGGUGACGGUAGCCAGCAGCAACACGCCAAGCACAAACACGGUUCAUCCGAGUGUGAACGACAUGGACUGGUUCGCCGGUGUGGCCGAGGAAGAGCUGUUGUACUACACGGGCGUCGGCAACGACGUCGAUUCUCUUUGGGCUGUGAUCGGAAGCUUCGUACCACCACCACCUAGACCACCUUAUUUACCUGAGGAGGCUGUUACCACUGACGGACUCACCACCUGUGAUUUGUGCUCCUGGGCGUGGAGGAACGACAGGCAUUCCUUCUCCCUGGACGGCACCCUCGAAGCACCCGGAGAACUCGGAUGGGUGCUCACGUUGGUGAUAGUGUCGUUAGUAUCGGCUGGUAUCGGUGCGGUGGUCAUGGUGACCCUUCUCCACUGUCGAAGAUUGAAGAGCACCGGUGGAAGAGCGAGCUGCUGUAGCGUCGGCGUCGAAGACUCGAACGUUCAGGAAGCCGGUGCCACAGCUGGUGGAGGCGGUUCUGGUGGCGGAGUAGCGGUUAUACCAGAUCGACCACCUCUCGAGCUCGAUAAGCUGCCACCUUAUCACGACGUUGCCCCUAGUCCUGGGCACAAUGUGUGGUCGUGGUUAGGCUCGCGACGUGGCGGUGGUACGCCAGGAGUCGUCACGACGCCUCUUUCUCUUCCGCAACAUAGACGGGCGAUGAAUCUUCCAGUGGAGAACCACUACACCCACAUGCAAACGGACGAAGCCCUGUACGCAGAACUGGACUCUCAGGCCGCGAGCUACGCGAGCGAUCUGCAACUACAAAUGAGAGGAAGCUCGACGUACGGUACUACUUCCGGCGGACAAGACGACGAGUACCACGAGUUGGACGCCGCGAGGUUACAUCGUCAUUACGGUGGAAGCAACGGGGACGGUUCUCUUCGAGGGGAUACGCUUCGUACGCGCCACAGUAAAAGGUUACAAGAACCGGAUUACGAGAUGUACGAGAACGGACCCUCGACGCCGGUGCCGCCGGGUCAGCUACAGCACCAUCAUCACCACCAUCAUCUCCACAAUCAUCACCAUCAUCAUCAGGACCUACGGAUCGGCGGUAGUAGGAACGGUGAACAUCCGUCGUAUCAGAACACAGCGUACACCGGAAGCGACGCGGAACCGGACGGACCAACGUUGAGCAGCGCGCCUAGCAGCGCGUACUACAGUGACCUUAGCUCGAAUUCGACGAAUCAACAAAUACCUACAGCAACAUCAUCGACGAGCAACACGAAUCUUCAUCUGAAUCCACAGGGUCUGGAAAGUUCGCAGUAUCGAUUGGCCGCGAUAAACGAGAGUUCAGUGCCUUCGGAUUACAUCUAAAACGAGGAUGAACUUCGAUGAAGAAAUCGGUGAGGAUUAGUCUGUUCGAAUGUUCCUUAUUUUUAAGUUCGUUGCAUAGAAAAGACUGGUGUUACUAUAACAGUGUACGAACAAUUGUGAUUCUGGUAGUGAAUUAUUUUAUAUUCAAGUGGAGUACAUGGAUCGAUGGUGAUCUAUGUUCGAAAACACUUCGUUAUAAAUAAUGAAAUUAAAGUAAACAGAAGCUCGGCCAGGAAUUUAAUUUAAUUGAAAAUUUGAGAAAUGAAACUAUCUAAACGACAGUGCCAUACAAAUUUUCAACUUGCAACUCUCUUCUGUCAAGAUGAAACAAGUGCUUGCUCGUGCGAAAAUCGAUGAUGUUCAUACGUCGAAUGAAACUACAAUUACAGUAGACUUACUCUCAUUUAAACUCAAUGGAAAUGAUUUAUCAUUACGUGUCUUGUUACGUAACCGUGCAUUUCAUGCAGCUUGUAACGCGACUUUCUGAAUAAACCAGAAGCCGCAUUUGCAAACUAUGAACCGUGAACGAACGUCGUUAUUGUUCUCCUCUCAGGGAAUGAGUCCAUAGUGAAUUAGUCUUCCGGUUAAUUAAUACGCGAACGUAUCUCACGUGUACCGUGCAUUAUUCUUAACCCUUGAACAGCGAAGUCUGGGUCAAUCGAGCAAAUUAAAUGUAUAAUUUUUAAACGAAAGGGUUUCAUACAUGGAAACUUAAGGAAAUUAAAAUUGGAACUCUCUCCAUGGUCCGCUGUUCGAGGGUUAACUAACGUAGCAAGAACUACUAAAAACAAUGGAUUCGCGUAUCAGAGAAUCAUUUCGCAAGGGUAAUAAAAAACGAGAUUCAUAACUGCGGUACACGAAACCGAUUGAAAUGAAGUUGUUUCGAGGAACAGGUGUUUCGUAAUUUGACGUUCCAAGACUUUCAGUAAUCGCUCUCGGCAACAUCCGCUCCGCUUUUGCAUUUCGAGCAAAAUGCCACGCGGUGUUUCAUCGAUGCUCUCCUUUCUUUCUUCUUUCGCUGUACGAAUAAUAGCUCGUUUUCUUCAUCUUAUUUACGAUCAGUGUUCCGAAAUUGUUCCAAGUUCAGAGAAAUGAAUUUUUAAAACGAUUUUAAGAACUGCACCAGAUACGAAUUGACAAACGCCGUGUGGUCCAGGACAAGUUUCGUUCGAGUGUUAGUGAGAAGCCCGUUUCGCGGUAUCGUGUGAAAGUAUUCGUCACUGAAUCGUUAAACAGGAUUCCCGGCCUUCGUCAAGCUCAAUCGUUUAUCUUCGACCCUCGUUCGCCGGUAGAAUUAAUUCGUUUCACCCGAUUCGGCAGGACUCGUUUAAUCGUCGCCGUCGUGUUCUCUUAAUUACCUUCCCUUCGGACAGUCCCGAUUGUUCCUUCGACAGAACACGAACUGGAAGAGACAUUCUACCUUGAGAUUCUCCGCGCCGCGUCCCGCUUUUACGUCUUUCACUUGUGUCUCACCUGCGCCGGGCCCUGUCCACGCGCAAUCACUGCACACCUUUUCGACUCGUCGCCACUCUUUACCGCCCUACCAAACAAAUUCGUUUCGAGCCUUGCAAAUCCUCGUGAAAUUAUCGUCCGGGAAUUUCACGAUAGAAAUUCAAUCGAUGCUAUAAAGAAAUAUGAAAUAUCAAUGGGAAAUGCGAAAGGGUUCGUUUAAAAAUUUCCAUUUGCAUCGGGUAAAUAUAAUUCGUGGCCAACGACUAUUAGUCGUCCUUAGUAUCGAAAGGGUUAAUCGUUUCCGUGUCCCGAAUAAAUCGAGGUAAAUUGCACGGGGCAACUGUAAGCUCAUAAAUAACCGCAGCCCUCGAUGGUACAAUACAAAGAAUCGCAAUUGACCAAAAACCGUUUCGCGGCCCGGAAUCAUUUACAGCUUCUCCUCUGAGCUGUACAAACACACGCGCGCCGAAACAUGGAGAGUGCAACAACAGAUGCAACAAUGCACUCUCUCGCGGGGACGCAAUAAUUAAUUGCACUCCCUCGCGACCACAAUGCAGGUAGGGAGAGACGGUCAGCUUGGUAGCGGCGCAUUAUUUAAGCGAAAAAAAUCCCACGAACGCACGGUGCGGCACCGUGCCGAUCGGUGGCUCUUCUUAUCGUGGCCGUGUUACGCGAACGGGAACGUAUCACGGAAUUCGUUGGUAUCCAGGUUUAAUUGAGGCCCACCUUGGUCUACCAACAUCUUCCGCAUUUGUGUGAGAACGGCUUGUUAAUCGGCGCAACUCUCCAACGGUUCGUAGGUGAACAAGAAAGUUUAUGCGAAGGCGUAGAAUCCUUGGGGAAUCCUGAAAGUAACAGUAAAUGAUAAUAUUAUGCGCCGUUUAGAUGCGAUGCUGGGUUCGUUAGGUCGUUGCAAUUUGCAUACACUGUUUCGCGAAUGCACAUUUGAUCGAACAAUUGAUUUGCAUUAGUUUAUCUGGAUUCUUAAUUUCAAAUCUUCUAGUCACAAGUAACCAGCUGCCUGUACAAAUUCAAUUAUACGAGUCAGUUUGUGCAAAUUGCACGUAGACUCAGCUUAACCCUUGAAUAGCGGAGUCCGGGUCAAUCGAGCCUCCAACUUACAAAAUAAAAUAUACAAUUAACUUAAAGUUAAAGGUAUAAUUUUUGAACAAACGAG